AUGGAGAAAUAUUUCAAAAGAACUUCAUCAUUGGAGAUUGGAUCCCAAAACAAUUCAUCGACUUCUUCUAACAAGAGGAGAUUUUUAGAAUUCGAAGUAGAGAGUCUCAUAGCAGAUCCAGGAAAACGACCAAAGAUUUCAAGUUAUCAUCCGAAUGACAGAGACAAAGUUAGAUGUGCAUAUUUGCAAAAAGGUCCUUGUCAACCAAGGAAUCAUGAUUUUCCGCAAACUACUUGUGGUUCUUCUUUUCGAAGAUUUAAUCCUAAUUGGUUUGAUGAUUAUGGCAAUUGGUUAGAGUAUAGUAUAUCAAAAGAUGCUGUUUUUUGUCUUUGUUGUUAUCUUAUGAAACCUGAGACUGAAGGUGGCGAUGCUUUUGUAACCAAUGGCUUUUCAAAUUGGAAAACAAGGGAGAGAUUACAAACUCAUGUUGGGAUUCAUGAUAGUGCUCAUAAUCAAGCUUGGAGAAAAUGUGAAGCACUUAUGAAACCAAAACAACACAUUAUACGUGGCCAAGGAUAUGAUGGUGCAAGUAAUAUGCAAGGAGAAUUUAAUGGUUUAAAAACUUUGAUAUUGAAAGAAAAUUCUUAUGCUUUCUAUGUACAUUGCUUUGCUCACCAACUUCAGUUAGCUCUUGUAACGGUUGCAAAAAAACAAGUUGAAAUUGCUUUGCUUUUCAAUUUGUUAACCAAUUUGUGCAAUGUUGUUGGAGCUUCAUGUAAACAAAGAGAUAUGCUUCGUGAUAGUCAGAUGACUAAGACAAUUGAAGCAUUACAAACUUUGAAAAGAGCUGGAGAUACUAGAUGGGGUUCACACUAUGGAACUAUACUUAGAUUAAUUUCUUUAUUUCCUUCCGUGGUCAAUGUUCUUGAAUAUGUUGAGGAAGAUGGAAAUAAUUCAGAACAAAGAGCUGAAGCAUUUACUAAUGAAUUAUCUCAAGCGUUACAAAGGAAUGAUCAAGACAUUGUAAAUGCUAUGGCAUUGGUUAAAGUGUCUAAGCAACGGUUGCAAACUAUAAGAGAUAAUAUUACUGUUCCAAAAAUGGAUGAUAUAUUUGUGUCACAAGGAAGAUCAAGACGCAAAGCUCAAAAGAUCUCAAAUUUGCAUCAUUUUCAAGUUGAGAUAUUCUAUCAAGUAGUUGAUAGACAACUUCAAGAACUCAACAAUCGUUUUACAGAGGUGAAUACUGAAUUACUUCUUUGUAUAGCUUGUCUGAAUCCAAGACACUCAUUUCUUGCGUUUGAUAAGGAGAAGUUAAUCCAGUUAGCUCAAUUCUAUCCAUUAGAAUUUUCUUCUACUCAACUUUUGGCACUUGAUAGUCAACUUGAGAACUUCAUACUAGAUGUGCAUUCUGAUGAUCAAUUCUCAAACUUAAAUGGGAUUGGUGCUCUUUCUCAGAAAUUGGUUGAGACUCGAAAAAAUAUUGUUUAUCCAUUAGUGUUUCUUCUUUUGAAGUUAGCUUUAGUUUUGCUUGUAGCAACUGCAUCAGUUGAAAGAACCUUUUCUGCUAUGAACAUCAUAAAGAGUCGGCUUCGCAACCGUAUGGGAGAUGAAUUUUUAAAUGAUUGUUUAGUGACAUACAUAGAAAGAGAGGCAUUUGAUUUAAUCGAAUUUUAUGUUAAUACCUUAGAUUUGCAGAUGAUAGAGGAAGAAAUAAGGGACUUGACUCUUAUUGAAAUUCAGAACAUACUAAAGGGAUACAAUAAGAUCCUAAGACACAUCCCUUCCAUGCUAUUUCCUAACAUGGAUAUGUGCUAUCAGCAACAGAUGUCAACUGGUGUCAACAGGUUGAUUUGUGAUGAGCUUCGUUAG